AUGGGUUGUGUUCUUCAUGAGUACUCGGGUCACGCAGAAAAGGGGUGGUCAUGCCUGAAUGCGGCGAUGGAGAGUUGGUUAAUGUGCAGUGUUAAGUUAGCGAAGAAAGUUGGGAAAGAUGACCCAAGAAGAGUUACACAUUCAGUAAAAGUGGGGAUGGCAGUCGUUUUUGCUUCACUUUUUUACUAUCUUCACCCUGUUUACAACUCUUAUAGUGUCGACACUAUUUGGACUUUGAUCACGGUGGUUGUUGUACUUGAAUUUUCUGUUGGUGCCACCAUUGGUAAAGGGCUAAACAGGAGAUUAGCAACUUUAAUAAGUGGUGUUCUAGUUGUUGGAGCUCAUUUCUUGGCUACUAUUUCCGGUCAAGUUGGACAUCCUAUACUCAUUGCCAUUCUUGUCUUCCUACAAGGUGCAGUUUUCACAUUCCUUAGAUUCUUUCCAAAUUUGAAGGUUGCAUAUGAUUACGGGCUUUCAAUUUCCAUUUUAACAUUCAGUAUGGUGUCGGUUUCUGGUUUUCAUUCCGAUCAAGUUAUAGACAUAGCUCUUAAGAGACUCUCAACUAUUCUAAUUGGUAUAGUUAUUUCCUUCGCCACCUCUAUAAUCUUCUUCCCUGUCUGGGCUGGUCAAGACCUUCACGAUCUUCUUGUUCUAAACAUGGAAAAACUUGCAACAUUAUUGCAAUAUUUAUUAUCUGAUAACAUCAUUGAUUGUGAUUACACAAGCAUUAUCAUCAAUUCAAGAAUCCAAGAAGAAAAUUUUGCUAAUUUUGAAAGAUGGGAACCUGCACAUGGCAAAUUCAUGUUUUCUCAUCCAUGGAAGACUUACUUGAGUCUUGGAAAUCUAACUCGAGAAUGCGCCUAUCAAAUUGAAGUUGCACUAAUUAAGAACAAUACCUAUAAAAUUGACGAGGCAGCAGGAACAGUAGUUGGGAGAGUCCAAGAGACUUGCAGGGAAUUGAGCGUAGAAUGUAGCAAGGCGAUAAUGACUUUGUCUUUAGCGAUGAAGACUAUGACUAAGCCUUGUUUGGCUGAUCUUCAUGUGGCUAUGUCAAGGAAUACAUCCCAAAGGCUCCAGAUUUUGCUCAAAGAAACUGAUCACAUGAACAACAAUAAUGAUAUUAUAAUAGCCACUCUUCCCCUGCUGCAAAUAAUGUGUUAG